CAGUACGGGUUCGACUAACCAAACCCAAUGAAUAUAGUUGGACACGAAUGUUUGAUCUUGAACAGAGCUUACAACAUCAAUCAAAAUUGUACAGAAAAGAGUGGGUCUGUACCUGAACAAAUGUCAAAUAAUAUUUUUUUGCCGAGAUGGCCAGUCAAUUUGAGUAACGUCAUUGUAUUAUUCGUAAUGACGCAGUUUUCAUUACGUUCUCGCAAUGACAUCGCAACGUCAAUUAGCAACAAAUCAACCUGCCUCUAGAUGCGAUCACCAUAUACAUUAAACGAUGAAAAAGCCUGGAAGGAGGAGAGAUGACUAGAAACGAUUCGGUUGGCCGGUUUAUGUGUGGAUUAAUUUUCGGAGUAGAGGUCCUUGUGCAUUUCAGGUGGGUCAGCUAUGGCGGUGGCGGUCUAUGAAGAAACUGAAUGCAGAAAAAACGGCCCUGCACAGGACACAAACCUUCCACCAGAAACAAGCUCAGCACUGGAAUCUGGUACCUCCAUCUCUAGCAGUAGAGAGGUGUUGCCAGCUCCACCAACAGCUAUCCUGGAGAAUAUUCAUGAAUCUGGAGAGAUAAACCUGAAUUUGGCUGAGGGAGGCAAAGGUGGGGGAAGUGUAGAGAGGGUAUUCACUGGUGAUGAGGAUACAAGUGGGUUUGUUAAAGAGCUGAGUUGGAACUCAGGUGACUGUAAUAAGGAGGAAAGGAGAGAUGCUUUCUCAGAUGAGGGUGUGAGUGACACAGUCAGUGCAGAGUGGAGAAAGGGAGACUUCUUUGUCCCAGUUGGACUAGAGGUGACUGAGAUGGCUGCUGAGGGGGAGUUUAAAGAUGGGAUGAGAGCUGAAAUGAAAGCGGGAAAGGGGACAAACAGUUAUGAGUCAGGGGAGGAGUUGGUUGCUGAGAGGGCUGUGAAGAGAGAGAUUGAAGAGAAAGAUACAGAGGGAAAACUAGUCCUAGAGAAAGAACACAAGGUGGCUCCCAAGAGGAAGAAUAUAAGGAAACGCAGACGAUCAGCCAAACCUCAACGUGCCAUAGAGGCAAAUUCCAGUGCUUCCUUUGUAGAGACUGUUCUCUCAUGGCUACUGUCAGUCUUCCUAUGGCUGCAGGCAUUCUCACCAACAACGUUAUGCUGGUCCCCAAAUAGUUUAUUUUGUAUAGUCAUGCUCGGGGUGGCAUCUGGCACUGGGGGUGUCUUUACAAGCAACGAUCACCAGAGUUUGUCAUGCAUCGCCUGCAAGAGUCCUGGAUGUGCUGCUGAUGUGACUAAGAUAUGGUGUGGGGACGAUGAACUGUUGAAGGGUUUACCAAUCCCACUCUGCACAAGCAUUUCCCAAAGGUCCAAGACUGUUUGCCAGCAUGAUGGUCGGACAUUUGUGCUUAUGAUUGAAGAGGGCAAGAAGUGUGAUAUGGAACAAUAUCAUGACCAUGUGCCCUCUGAAAAGACAGAGUGUCCACCAUUGUUAGAGGCUGCUCAAGACUCAAGGUUGGACACUGUUCGAGGUGAUACCACUUUGUCAGCACCAACUCUCAAUGCUGAUAUGACUACCUCACCACCACCACCUGAAAAUGGUUCAUUGUUUGGCGGAGUCAUUGUCAUUUUAGUUAUUGGCUUUAUUGGUGUCGUUGUUGCAGUCUAUUUGAUCAGACAAAAGCAGCAGGGUGCCAGUAGAAACCAAGAUGAAGAGACUGAGAUGAGUGCUCUGAACAACGGUAUCAAUCAGAAUGGAGGUCCUGCCAAUAGAGACAAUAAUGAAGAGGUGGCUGUGAACAUGCUUGACAAUGGAGGCCCCCUGAGCUAUCGGCAGUAAUGAGGGCCCGUGGAGCUGUCUCCGGCAGCAUGGUUAGCAUAGAGACUAUGGAUAUUGAUUGACCUGGCUCGUCUAUGAAGUGUUUUUUUUAAUGUUCAUGUUCAAAAUGUGGCACAUCUUACAUUUUCAUUUCAACAGUGCGUGUUUGUGUAACUUGUGUUUUCAACAUAUUUCAGUGUGGAACAUAGAUGGCAUAAGACCCUGAUUUUAUUGAUCAGUGAAAAUGGAAUGCAAAUUAUUAAGGGAACUGCUUUGGGGCUUCACAUUUGCUUUUUUCCAUCCUAUGGCUUACCUGUCCAUAUUUGUUCAAAUAAAUGAAAGAAUUAUGAACAAUUAGGCUGUCAUUCAAGCAACUCUAUGUUAAUUGCAGCAAUUAUAUAUGAAUUAUUCUACUUUUAAUUGUAGCCUUCAAGAUUUUGAGUGAAUUCUGAUUUGGUUUUCACAUGCAUUUCUUUAUCCUCGCUAGCAGAUUUUGAAAGUUUUAUGUUGAUACUUCACUUGAAUAGCUGUAGACACAUUACCUUAUACAUUUUUUUAUCAUUAUGUAAUCUUUUGGGUAAGUUUGAGGAAAUCCCCUUGUAACCUGUCAAUAAUAAAACCUCAUAACACA